GGGUUUCUUCAGGCGGUCUUGAUGACGCACUUCCGGUUAACUGUCAGACUUCGGGCUCGUCGGUGGUCGAGAAGCUUGGACAAAAAAAACUAACGGACGAGGAGUUAAAAUACUCGAGAAAAAAGGGUCUUGCAUUGCAGGUACCAAUGUCUUUUUUAUGGGAUUGGAUUUACAGAGGCUUCAGCAGUGUCCUGCAUCUAUUAGGUCUCUACAAGAAGAGCGGAAAGCUUGUUUUUCUGGGACUAGACAAUGCGGGAAAAACCACCCUGCUGCAGAUGCUCAGAGAUGACAGACUUGGGCAGCACAAUCCAACAUUAUACCCAACAUCCGAGGAGCUGACCAUAGCUGGAAUGACCUUCACCACGUUUGACCUCGGAGGUCAUACACAAGCCCGGAGGAUCUGGAAGAAUUAUUUUCCUGCCAUAAAUGGAAUAGUCUAUUUGGUGGAUUGUGCUGAUCAUGAGCGACUAGGGGAGGCUAAAACUGAGCUUGAUGCUUUGCUAACAGAUGAAACCAUUGCAAACAUCCCAGUUCUCAUAUUGGGUAAUAAGAUAGACCGACCAGAAGCCAUCAGUGAGGACGGCCUCAGAGGACUAUUUGGCCUUCAUGGACACACAACCGGAAAGGGCAAUGUGUCACUGAAGGAGCUGAAUCUGAGGCCGUUGGAAGUUUUCAUGUGCAGUGUGCUGAAAAGACAGGGAUAUGGAGAUGGCUUUCGUUGGCUCUCGCAGUAUAUUGACUGAUUUUUGCCUUUCUUUUAAGCCUUAAUAAAACGAAUCGGGUUCUCUGUGUACACAAUGCCAUGCUCCACACCUGCAGAGGACACACACCCCUAAAACUGACCUAAACUUAUGGUAACGUUACCACCAAUAACAAUUGGUGUUUUAGUUUGAUAUACCCUUAAAUUUAAACAAUUUCACAAAAGUUAGUUUUCUACCAUCAGUCUGUUUUAUUUUGUGAAGAGAAUAACCAAACCUUUGUCUUUAGGCUGUUUUGGAAAUGCUGUUAGCCAUGUCAGUUGCUGUGAAUCGUUAUCAUUUCUGUAUGCUGGUGUUGACUUACAGGGAAGGACAGUUGAAGAAGUCGCCACUACAGAUUUAGGAUGCCUCCCACUUGCCCUAUCUAUGGAAGCGGUGCUUCUGUGUACACAAUUACGUGUUGUGCCUUUUUAUUUAACCGCGCUUCUGUCAAAGUCACUUCAGUCUCAAAGUGCCAACAGUUGCUGCCAAAAACAAAACGUUUUUUCCUCUUCAGAAUUAUGUGUUAAUGUAGGUUUGGGAGCCUGUUUCCUCCAUGGAUACUGUGAAGACAUCGUUACAGUCAACUGUUAGGAUUUAGAAUCUUACACAACAACAUGUCAGACUUAAAUACUUUUUGCCACGAUAGCCUAUUUUGAAACUUAGAAAAACACAAUGAAGUUAUGAAAGGAUAACCUGAGUACUUUGUGAAUAGUUCCUGCCUGUAACCUGCAGUGAUAUUAUGAGAGUACUCGUGGGGGAGGCACUGCUUGCAAGUUGAACCUAGAUUAAUUAAAAGCCUCUGAAUCAAAACAAGAGUGCAAUAUUUCUUUGUUGGGUGUAAAAUCUUAUUUAUUUUUUGCAAUAAAAUAUCCAUGACCUAUGUUACAAAAAGUACGCGUUACAGAUGAGGUUAUUAUCAUCUACAUGUAGAGACUGUUUUACAUGUGGGAUAUUAUGGCAUAAUAAAACUUUUUUUCAAUCC